AGAGGAUUUGGGGGGCGCGGUUUUGGAAAUUAGGUUCAGAGGGCUGAACGUGCUAGAGCAGGUGCGGGUCGCUUUUCCAGGCCUGUUCGCAACGGUCUCGCCCGUCAGGGUUUUUGUUUGUUUGUUUUUUGUCUCCCCGUCCCCCACCCCCUUUAGUUUUCUUGUGGUGUUUUUGCAACGUGGGUGACGUGGCCUCACAGUGAUUUCCGUGAGCGUCCCUAAAGGAGGACCAAGGACGGGUGUGGUGGAGGCGAGGAAGCUGCUCUGAACUGGCGACGCUCGAGAAAGCGUGGAUGUACCUCCGCAAAAGCCGAAUAUAACUUGGAAAGAGCGGCGCGAUUUUCCUGGCCAUCUGGCGGUCCCGGCGCGUGUGGGUGGUUACUCACUUGACAACACGCUGCUCACUGUUCACUCGGAAAGAGAAAAAUCACCGUUUUCCAGCAUUUUUCUUGGAGGAGAACAAAACUAUCGCCAAAAUGUCUAUUUUCCCUAAAAUAUCUUUGAGACUUGAGGUUGAAAGGUACCUUAAGGAGGGUUUUAUGAAUAAGGAGGUUGUAUCUGCUCUAGGCAAACAAGAAGCAGAAAGGAGAUUUGAAACUCUGUUAAAUCACUUGUCACACCCUCCAUCAUUCACAACUGUCAGAGUAAACACACAUCUCGCCUCAGUGCAACAUGUGAAAAAUCUGUUGUUGGAUGAGCUUCGGAAGCAAUUUAAUGGAUUAAGUGUUCCCAUUCUUCAACAUCCAGACCUUCAGGACGUCUUACUCAUUCCUAUUAUUGGACCUAGGAGGAAUAUAAAAAAACAGCAGUGUGAAGCAGUUGUGGGAGCACAGUGUGGCAACGCAGUGUUAAGAGGAGCCCAUGUCUACGUUCCCGGAAUUGUGUCAGCUUCGAAAUUUAUGAAAGCUGGAGAUGUUAUUUCUGUAUACUCUGAUAUUAAAGGCAAAUGUAAGAAAGGAGCCAAAGAAUUUGAUGGAACGAAAGUAUUUCUUGGCAAUGGGAUUUCUGAGCUAAGCCGCAAAGAAAUCUUCAAUGGGCUACCUGAACUGAAAGGUAUAGGCAUAAGAAUGACAGAACCGAUAUACCUCAGCCCCUCAUUUGACAAUGUACUGCCCAACUACUUAUUUUUACAGAACUUGCCAUCUGCCGUCGUAACUCAUGUUCUGGAUCCUCAACCUGGAGAGAAGAUUCUAGAUUUGUGUGCAGCACCCGGAGGCAAAACUACACACAUUGCAGCAUUAAUGCGUGAUCAGGGAGAAGUAAUAGCACUGGAUAAAAUAUCCAACAAAGUAGAAAAAAUAAAACAGAAUGCUUUAUUGUUAGGGCUGAAUUCCAUCAAGGCAUUUUGCUUUGAUGGAACAAAGGCUCUUAAACUCGAUAUGGUUAAGGAUGCUGAAGGAAAACCUCCAUUCUUACGAGAAUCUUUUGACCGAAUUCUUCUUGAUGCACCAUGCAGUGGAAUGGGACAGAGACCAAACAUGGCUUGUUCUUGGACUUUGAAAGAAGUGACAUCAUAUCAGCCAUUACAGAGAAAACUCUUUACUGUGGCAGUUGAGCUGCUGAAGCCGGGGGGCGUGCUGGUUUACAGCACGUGCACCAUCACACUGGCGGAAAACGAAGAACAGGUUGCCUGGGCCCUCGCAACCUUUCCUUGCCUCCAGCUUCAGCCCCAGGAACCACAGAUUGGAGGAGAAGGAAUGAUGGGAGCCGGCCUAUCAUCUGAACAAUUGAAACAGCUGCAGCGAUUUGAUCCAUCUGUUGUGCCAGUUCGGGACACUGACAUUGCUUCUCUCGGAGAUGCCAGAAUAGAAGACAUGAUUUGGCUGGCAAAUAGAGAUUGUAUAGGUUUUUUUAUUGCAAAAUUCAUAAAAUGCAAAAGCACGUAGGAUCCAUAGAAACGAAAGUUCCAAACGUUAGCUCUGUGGUUUUGUUUGGUUUUCUUCCUUCCUUCCUUUCCUCCCUCCUGUUUUUUUGUGUUUUUUUUGUUUUGUUUUGUUUUUUAAUCAAACUGUUGUCAGGCCUGGUGAUUGAUGACAUAGUUGCUAAGGAAACAGAAAAGGCUGCCAGCUGUUGUACCAGGGAGCAAGAGGCUUAAGAGACCGCUUCACGGAGGAGGUAGUUGGGGGGUGGUACAAGAUUAUAUUUUGUGUUUAAAAUAUGUGUUUUCUUAAGGAUUUAGCACAGUAUAAAGAAAAUGAGAUGCCUACAGAUAUCUGGAGCAUAUUUUCAUUUGGGGUUUUGUGGUUUAAUGUACGAAGAAUACAAAUCAUUUUUAAUGUUAAAAUCUGUGAUUAUAACAAGAGGAAUAAAAUGAGUAAUACUUAAUUUGAUAAAAAGUAGUGUUUUGUUCCUGAGAGUUCCUAAGGGGUGGUAGUUCUCUAAAAAUUCAGGGCCUGGGAACUAUAACGUUUUUCAUGUACUCAUAACUGAGGUGAGCGUUUAUCUGAGGUUUUCUGCUUACUGUUUGAUCAGUCAACUCUUUGAAAUGAAAUCUGGACCUCUCCUAAAUGGUAGUGUGUCUUCACCAUGUUUACUUUUUUUUUUUUUCGUGCUUUUAAACUGAAAACUACAAUGUUUUCUUCACUCUGUAGAUUAAAAUUAUGAGAGUAUUCCACAGUUUGGGUACCUUUCAUCAUCCCCUGGAACACCUGUUCUGCAAGUUAUUGUGAUAACUGUGGGAACUGGCUUGACCCUUAGAGCCAAGCUUUGGUGUUCUGUUGAACAUCAACACAUUCACAGAACUCCCAACAUCAGACAAAGCAACUGUUUCUGUUCAGAAUUUCUUCUAUCUAUUGUGUCCAUCAAGAUUGCAAGGUCUCUUGGAUCAGUAGAUGUCAUUGGACUAAAGAGAAACACAUUUACCUGUGGCACUUCUGUCUCUAGAGCUCACCACAUUUCUCCAGACUUCAGGUGUGUUUUAAAAAAUCCAUUUCUUCCCCGGCUUUCUGCAAAGGCUUUUGUGCUAAGCUGGGAUGAAAAUCACAGACCGGGAGCCCAGCAGUAAACAUGUAAACUGUUGAUUAACACCGACAACUGUCAAAAUACAAACAAUGCAGGCAAAACUGAUGAAAAAUAUUUGCAUAUUAAAAACAGCAGGACAAAGAAUAUUGUUAAAAAUUGUUGCUUUGACAUAGACAGUUUCAGUGGGUUUCUUUCCUUCAAAAAGUAGGGCAAAUUGGAAAAUAAAACACAUUUAAAGGACUUAAGUUUGAGAAAAAAAUAGAACAAAAGGGGAAAAAAUCUGGGAAAUGUGGAGGACAAUUAAUAUAUGAUCUCUUAACAUACUUAGGGUUAACAUAUUCUUGUGAAACAAAAACAUUUCAGUUUAACAGUGAGUACAUUUUACUUCAAAACCCUGUGCCAUAGUUUACUUUAAAUCGUAAAGUGAAGUACAAGUCAUUGAAAAUACAAUUUAACCAGAAUUAAAUAAUUGACCCAGAACGAUCUAGUGGCUGUUUUCUCCAACAGCGUGACCCUUGGCAUGGAAAUAAGAUUAGUGUCCAAGACUAGUAGCAUUGUAUCAUUGAGCGGAGGGAUGAGGGUGAGGAUUGAAAUUUGACGUCAAGAUGGAUCUUCAUUUUAAAAACGAAGGAAUAAUAAAAACAAUCUGAAUCAAGAAUUGCCACACGUGUAAAACUAAUGUAGGGGAAAGAUUACUCUGCUCGAUCUUAAAGGAUCUUUACCUACUGUACGUGAUCAUUUUAUCUGACAUCAUGGGAACGUCGCUAGAGUAACGUCCGUGAUUAGCGUUGCCCUUGAGAGAGCUGCUCCACAAGUGGGCACUGGUGUUGAAAACAGGACGUAUUCUCAACUAUCAGAAUCAUCCCUAAAAUGGCAAUCAAUACUUCUACUAGUAAACAGUGCAGAAAGCCAGCUCUUUAUUUGUUUUAUAUGAAUGACUUUAAACCAGAUUUGUUGAACAGUUCAGUGUAGCUGACAGUGAAUGUUUAACAGGAAUGCAUAGCAGACCAUGUUAAAAAUGUGGCAUUGUCCCAAAGUACAGUAUGACUAAGACAUCCUACAUUUAGCAGCACCUUUUUGUAACAGUAACUUAAAUGAGCAGUAGAGAAAGAGCAUAGGAAAAACUGAAACGGAUUUGACAAUAAAACACAGAACUAUUAAGGACAUUUCCAGCAUUUUCUAGGUCGACUACAAAGAUCAUGAUUCUACAACUGAGUAGGUUAAGAUUAAGCCUUUGCUGAGUGAAGAGACUAAUUUUACAUUCCACAAAUCAGUAAAUCUCCCAUUGCCCUUGGGAUUAUUUCUUCAUUUACAAAUUUAGAACACACUGUUUACACACAUAUAGAUGUUCAUGUCAAAUCCUGCAAUAUAGUUUUUUUGAGGAAUACUCUGAUUUGGACUACUAUGUUUCACAGUAGGUGAAAAAUUAAGAAUCCAGAUACAAAUUUUAAAACCGGAAUCUGUUGGCAUGACUCGUUGAAAGAUUAGUGGUAGCAGCAAGUAAGAUAAAUACCAGUUAUAUUUCAAGAAUUUAAAUAUUCCAAAGUCAUUAAUCGGGAUGAAAGUUCAGAAAUAUUUUAUACAGGUAACUGUAACUGGAAUAUGGUUUCCCAAUGAUACGAAUAUUUUACAUCAAAAAUGUUUACGUCUACCAUUUUUAUCUUCAGUAAAUAAAUUUGUCAACAGUACAGAGCUAAUUAACAAAAAGAUUAAUUCUGAGGAAAAUGUUUCUUCCAUUAGCGGGUAAAACCCUUAAAGUGUAACUCAUUUGUAAAACUGAGUUUUUCUGUGCAGGGAGGGAAAUAAGGAGUUAAAUGUGAAAGUUUUACAUAUAAAGCUCCAAGAAUAUUUGGCAAGAACCUGGAAUAAUCAAAGAAGCAGAACAAAACUAGAUGAACCGACUUAAUAAUAAUUUUACAAUGUGUAGAUCUGAAGUUAGGCAAUUAUAGAUGGGCCUUUUCCAGGGACAAACUUCAGGUGCUAGGUACUUGCACACCUAAUACUGUCUUACCUGUCCAGUCGUAACUGGACAAAAUGGACACAUAAGUGACACGGAGAAGGUUUUAGCCUUAGCGUGGCAACCACACUGUGAGCUGCUGACAGUGCUAUCUUUGAGGCGUGGAGAACAGCAUCUUCCGGGCUCCCCUUCAGAGCAGGUGUCUAACAUAGGAAGAUAUUCUUAAUGUUUUGUUCACUUCAAGUCCCCUCAUUUUGCCCUGAUUACUUCUGAAGAGCAGAAACUUUGGUUGUAAGAAGCACUUCUGGGUUUUGACGGACAUGGACGUGUUGGAGUUGGUGGUAAGGAACAGAAUGAAGGGUAAAUCUGGGGGAGACAGACCACAGGAACGAUAGGCAAGGUUUAGAAAAGGAGGUGGGAGAAGGUAGAAAAAUUUAUUUUCCCACGAAAUAAUUCUACAAGCUGUGUAAACAUUUCUUACUAAAACAAAUACUCAAACACACAAAGAUUGUACAUUUCCAGUGAAACACUCACAGUUAAAAGUUGCCUGUGUUCUUACUCUAGGAGCAAACACAAGGAGCCAGCACAUGGAUGCCUUCCUAGUCACCUUUGGCAGCGAGCUUCCUCACAUUCCCUGACUGCUCAACGGAUUAUUAAAGCGACACGUAACACAAUUAAAUACAAAGCCAGAGACAGUUGGGGGACAAAGGAGAGGACUGGAGAUGAAACAAGACUGGCCAUGAAUGUCGAAAAGUCCACAUAACGCCCACAACUUGUCAUUCAACAUGUACGGGCAUCACUGGACCAUUGUCCUGCUAUAAGUACCUAUCUCCUAGUGCUACCAUAAGAAAAACUUAAAAUCGCCAGAGAAACCUACCCCUGCGUUUCCCUGGGAGCAAAGACUCAGUAUUUGCUAAUUCAGUGUCCACGGAGACUUACUAAGAAUUGACUGCACCUUAAGCCCCGUCCUCUACUGAGUUCCAGAUCUGUUUAUACAAUCGAUUGCCUGCUGGACAUCUGCGUGCUUCGUAACACUGCAAAUUCAACAUGUGCACAAACGCAGUCAUCGUUUUCCUUAUCCCUCUACCCAGCCAAGCUCCUCCUCCUGAAUUCCUUCUCCCCAGAAUAACACCAUUGAUGACCUAGUUCCUGAAAGCGGAACCUUACAGCUCGUGCUGGAGUCGGCUUCUUCAUGUUCCAGGUUCAACAGAUUGCCAGAUCCCGGCUCUCUUCUCUCUGACUCCUUUCAUUCUACUCAUUCCCUUCACCCCUGUCUGAUGUCAGUCCUCUUAAUCUCUAAGUUGAAUGAUGAAUGACCACAACUACUAAAUGACCUGACAGGACAAGAAUUGGACUGAGAGGAGAUGCUUCUAAAGGCACCCGUUUUAUUAGUUUUUGCACGGAGGACAUUAUUUUUCCCUGAAACAACCUCAACAAUCUGAAUUUCCCCUGACUUAGCUCUUGCCCCUUUCCAUUCUCUUCUCCACAAUGCUGUCAGUGAUCCUUCUAAAACACAAGUCCUAUGGUGUCACGUCUGCUUUCCUACACCUUUCUACCGCAUCCACAAUAAAAGGCCUACAAAGUCCUACAUGAUCAGGCACAGUCUCUCUGACCUCAUCCUCUCAACCCCUGGCCUCUGCUCGUUCCACAUCUGGCUUCCUUGCUAUCCCUUAAACACAUCACACAUACUCCCGCCACAGGCCCUUUGCACCUUCAGCUCCCUCUGCCCGAGACAGUCUUUUCACGGGUAGCUUACUGUAAGGCCAGAGAAUUCACAACGUAAGUCAUUCUGCUAAAACGCUGCUUCCUCAGAGAGGCUCCCCCAACAUCCCCAUGUAAAAAAUCACUCUUCUCAGUUUUUCUCUACCCCUUGGCCCGCCUUUUCUUUCCAGACUCCUGAACCACAGACUUUUAUAUCUGCUCACUUUUGUCCAUGUGUUCCUUGUGAAAUAAAAACUCUAUGAGAGUGAGGAGUUGGUGUCCUUUACAUCUGUGUCCCCAGCACUUACAAUAAUGCCUAGCACAUGGUU